UAAACAUGGGAUGUUCAUCAACAAAAGAAAUCGACGAAUCGCAGAUAUGGACUAAUAUACACUCCCAGUUACCCUCACAAACUUCAAGGGGUAGAGCAAACGAAGAUAGCUUACAGCAACCAAAAGUAGACGGUUCAAAAAGUAAAAGGAGUAAAACCUAUUUUGAACCAUGUAUGUUAUAUGUAAAUGAACCAGGUCAUAAAAACUAUCACUUGAAUGACUUAGGUUUGUACGAACAGGAUAUCAAGUUUACCACAAGAGGAAAAACUUCUACGCAUCAAAAACGUCCAAACUGUUCGGGAUUGUGGCUUGACGACUCUUUUAAUGAAAAGAAACUGUUCUGUAAGGAUGAUUUUAAGUUGCUCAGACCAAAGGAAAUUCAUCCACAAGCGUGUAUUCUUGUUGAUUUAACAGAAGAAAGAAACUGUGAUACAAUUGAUACUGAAUGCAAUAUUUUCAUGCUCAAUGUUCUAUUAUUAGCUACAGACUCAUUUUUAUUACAAAGAGUACUCCCUGAUGACUACUCGAACACAAAGAAAUACGAUGGUAUAUUCCACUGUCGGUUCUGCAGAUUUGGAAACUGGGAAGAUGUUUACAUUGAUGACAGACUUCCUGUUGGUGAAGACGGAUUAAUUUAUGGACGGUCGGACGAAUAUAAUGAAAUGUGGAUUCCAUUGUUAGAAAAGGCGUAUGCAAAGUUCGGAGGGACUUAUGAAGCAAUAAGGAGAAGGAAGUUUCUUGAACAUUUUAGAACAUUAACCGGCGGUACUGGAGUAGAAAUAAAGUUAUCUGAUAGGAAGUUUGACAUGGUUUAUAUUGGAAACAAGAUUGAUCGAGCUCUGCAACAAGGAUCAUGGGUAGUCUGCUCUGUGUCAGAAAGUUCUGAUGGCGAAUUCGGCCUUAUGUAUGGUCAGGUUUUGAUAAUAAAGGCUACCUUAAAGGUUGAAACAAAACGAGGAAAGGAAGUCAUGUUGGCGAGAAUGAGAAAUCCAAUUGGAGACAAUGCAUGGACUGGUCCAUGGAGUGAACGAAGCAGUGAAUGGAAAACUGCUGUAUGCAACCAGAGGCCCUUAAUGUUGGAUCGUGAAUUUUGCAUGUCAGUCGAUAGUCUGAUCAAGCAUAUGAACUGUAUAACUAUAUGUAAUUUGAUACCAGAGCAGGAUAAACUUGGUACAGAAGAAAGGUCAAAUUACACAACAAAAAUCUAUAGCGAAUGGAAAGGCAGCAUGGCGGCUGGACUUGACUAUCUAAAGAAUCCAAAAUAUUUAAUCAACAUUUCUGACAAAGGAAUAGAAGACGAUGGAAAAGUCCGAGUUGUCAUAAUUCUCGAACAAAUGAAACAUCAAACAUCAAUGGAAUUAGUUGCUAUAAAGACAAAGUUGUACAAGGUACACACAGAGUGCAAACAUGGAAUGAUUAUAGAAGAUAUAACAGAAGAAGGCAUAUGUUCAAAACGGAUAUCUGUGACCUUGAGUAUGCGAGUGGUCCCUGGGAAUUACUUAAUUGUGCCUCACACAGACAGAGAAGAGUUUGAAAAAGAUUUCACAAUUGUUAUAUAUACACCAACACCGUUAAAAGGAGUAAGAUUCAUUGAUGAAAGAAACCCUAUCUUAGUUUCGAGACAAGGUACUACAGUAAAAUUAAAAGGCGCAUCCUCAGAAUGUAAACUUGACAGUGUGAACUAUUCUUGGGGAGAAUGGGAUUUAAAACAAGGCUAUCUACAUGGCGACGAGUUCGAGAAAAAUCCACAAUUUGAAAUAAAAGUUCCA